AGCAAAUACUGCUCCGUUACGCGUUGAGAAAUAACUGCGAGCUGUACAUUUUCUUAUGCACGAACGGGAAGACAGGUUUGGAUCUGAUUAGGCAGGAGGGAUUUUCUCCGUACACUUAUUCCAGACAUUUCGUUUUUUUUUCUUUCUUUGCUCCUCGAUGCUUUUGCACAGUCAGAGGGUGGUACACAGCAGGUGAAACAGCGGCCGCUUCGUCGGAUUUGGGAGGAGAUGUCGAGCGAGAAACCGGUGUCUGUGCCGGGUUCGGUUUCGCUCUCGGACCGAGAACCUCCCACGGGUCAUGGGCAGCAAGCGGCUACGGGAGCAGUUACGGGGGAGAUGAUGGUGUCUGGUGCGGGCUCAAUGGUUCUGCCGGCCGGGGUGAUCAACCCCUCUGUUCCGAUCCGGAAUAUCAAGAUGAAAUUCGCCGUUCUCAUCGGUCUGAUCCAGGUCGGGGAGGUUAGCAACAGAGACAUCGUCGAGACUGUUCUGAAUCUGCUGGUGGGCGGCGAGUUUGACCUGGAGAUGAACUUCAUCAUCCAGGACGCGGAGAGCAUCGGCUGCAUGGUGGAGCUGCUGGAGCACUGCGACGUGACCUGCCAGGCGGAGAUCUGGAGCAUGUUCACCGCCAUCCUGCGCAAGAGCGUGCGCAACCUGCAGACCAGCACCGAGGUGGGCCUGAUCCAGCAGGGCCUGCUCAAGAUGGCCGCCGUCGACGACAUGAUCGCAGACCUGCUGGUGGACAUGUUGGGCGUGAUGGCGAGCUACAGCAUCACAGUGAAGGAACUCAAGCUGCUGUUCAGCAUGCUGCGGGGGGACAGCGGGGUCUGGCCGAGGCACGCCAUCAAGCUGCUGUCGGUGCUGAAUCAGAUGCCCCAGAGACACGGCCCCGACACCUUCUUCAACUUCCCAGGACGCAGUGCGGCGGCCAUCGCCUUACCUCCCAUCGCCAAGUGGCCGUAUCAGAGCGGCUUCACCCUCAACACCUGGUUCCGGAUGGACCCGCUCAACAACAUCAACGUGGACAAGGACAAGCCCUACCUGUACUGCUUUCGCACCAGCAAAGGCAUCGGGUACUCUGCUCACUUCGUGGGGAACUGUCUGAUCGUGACGUCGCUCAAGUCCAAGGGCAAGGGGUUCCAGCACUGCGUGAAGUACGACUUCCAGCCCCGCAAGUGGUACAUGAUCAGUAUCGUUCACAUCUACAACCGCUGGCGGAACAGCGAGAUCCGUUGCUACGUCAACGGGCAGCUGGUCUCCUACGGCGACAUGGCCUGGCACGUCAACACCAACGAUAGCUAUGAUAAAUGCUUCCUGGGCUCGUCGGAGACGGCCGACGCUAACAGGGUGUUCUGCGGCCAGCUGGGGGCCAUCUACGUCUUCAGCGAAGCGCUCAACCCCGCCCAGAUAUUCGCCAUCCAUCAGCUGGGGCCUGCAUACAAGAGCACGUUUAAGUUUAAGUCUGAGAGUGACAUCCACCUGGCGGAGCACCAUAAGCAGGUUCUGUACGACGGGAAGCUGGCCAGCAGCAUCUCCUUCACCUACAACGCCAAGGCCACGGACGCCCAGCUCUGCCUGGAGUCCUCCCCCAAGGAGAACCCCUCCAUCUUCGUCCACUCGCCCCACGCCCUCAUGCUGCAGGAUGUGAAGGCCAUCGUGACUCACUCCAUCCACAGUGCCAUCCACUCGAUCGGUGGGAUCCAGGUGCUGUUCCCGCUCUUCGCCCAGCUGGACUACCGCCAACAGAACGACAGCCAGGUGGAGACCACCGUAUGCGCCACUCUCCUGGCCUUCCUGGUGGAGUUGCUGAAGAGCUCGGUGGCCAUGCAGGAGCAGAUGUUGGGUGGGAAGGGCUUCCUGGUGAUCGGGUACCUGCUGGAGAAGGCCUCCCGGGUCCACAUCACUCGGGCCGUGCUGGAGCAGUUCCUGUCUUUCGCCAAAUACCUGGACGGGCUGACCCACGGGGCGCCCCUGCUGAAGCAGCUGUGCGACCACAUCCUGUUCAAUGCCGCCAUCUGGAUCCACACGCCCGCCAAGGUCCAGCUCUCUCUCUACACGUACUUAUCGGCGGAGUUCAUCGGCACGGCCACCAUCUACAGCACCAUCCGCAGGGUGGGCACGGUACUGCAGCUCAUGCACACCCUCAAGUACUACUACUGGGCCAUCAACCCCCUGGACACCAGCGGCAUCACGCCCAAGGGCCUGGACGGACCGCGACCUUCGCAGAAAGAGGUCAUCUCGCUGCGAGCCUUCAUGCUCCUCUUCCUCAAACAGCUCAUCCUGAAGGAUCGUGGCGUUAAGGAGGAUGAGCUGCAGAGCAUUCUGAAUUACCUGCUGACCAUGCAUGAGGACGAUAACAUCCACGACGUGCUGCAGCUCCUGGUGGCUCUGAUGUCAGAGCAUCCCGCCUCCAUGAUCCCCGCCUUCGACCAGCGCAGUGGGAUACGGGUGAUCUACAAGCUGCUGGCCUCCAAGAGUGAGAGCAUCCGGGUCCAGGCCCUGAAAGUCCUGGGCUACUUCCUCAAACACCUGGGCCACAAAAGGAAAGUGGAGAUCAUGCACACGCACAGCCUGUUCACCCUCCUGGGAGAGAGACUGAUGAUGCACACCAGCACGGUCACCAUCACCACCUACAACACGCUGUACGAGAUUCUGACGGAGCAGGUGUGCACACAGGUGGUUCACAAGCCCCACCCUGAGCCAGACUCCACCGUGAAGAUCCAGAACCCCAUGAUUCUGAAGGUGGUGGCGACCCUGCUGAAGAACGCCACGCCCAGUGUGGAGCUGAUGGAGGUGCGCAGGCUCUUCCUGUCCGACAUGAUCAAACUGUUUAGCAACAGCAGGGAGAACAGACGGUGUCUCUUGCAGUGCUCCGUGUGGCAGGACUGGAUGUUCUCGCUGGGCUACAUCAACCCCAAGAACCCGGAGGAGCAGAAGAUCUCGGAGAUGGUCUACAACAUCUUCCGCAUCCUGUUGUACCACGCCAUCAAGUACGAGUGGGGCGGCUGGCGUGUGUGGGUGGACACGCUCUCCAUCGCCCACUCCAAGGUGACCUACGAGGCCCACAAGGAGUACCUGGCCAAGAUGUACGAGGAGUACCAGCGGCAGGAGGAGGAGAACAUCAAGAAGGGGAAGAAGGGCUCGGUCAGCACCAUCUCGGGCCUGUCCGCCCAGGCCCCUCCGCCCGCCGUCAACGGGUCCCUGGAGAUCCGGGAGGCCGACGACGGGUCGCAGACCCAGACCCCCGAGAGCGAGGCGGACUACCCCGACGCCAGCGGGGACCCCCGCAACCUGCUGCUGGAGCCCAAGGGCCCGGAGGAGGAGGGCGUGGAGGGGGCCGGGGGCGUGGGAGGGACGGGGCCGGGGCAGGCGGCCACCACUCCUGGGGUCAGGGUGGAGGUGCACGACCUGCUGGUGGACAUCAAGGCGGAGAAGGUGGAGGCCACCGAGGUGAAGCUGGACGACCUGGACCUGUCGCCGGAGAGCUUGGUGGUGGGGGUCGGCGUAGGGGUCGGGGUCGGGGUCGGGGUCGGGGUCAGGGUUCAGGAGAACGGGCCUCUGGUGGGUGUGGACUCCCUUCUGGACAACGUCUACUGUGCCGCCGUGGUUGAGAAGCUGAACGUCGACGUCAGCGUGGGGGGCAUCGGGGGCGUCGUCAACGGCGACCUGGCCCCCAAGGCCCCCGCGGAGGACGGGGACAUGGGCCCGCUCAUCACGCUGGCGGACGAGAAGGACGUCGUCCCCGGCAACAACGGCUUCCUGUUCAGCAAGGUGGCCACGGGCGAGCCGCUGGUCCACACCAGCGCCAGCGACGACCUCAGCCUGUUGGCCCACAUGACCACGGGGGGCGGGGCCGGCGACCUGGCCCCGCCCGCGACCCCGCCCCUGGACGAGGAGGACGGCGGGUUCGGGCUGCGCGGCCCGCUGGCGGACAUCGCCGCCGAGGCUGUCGCCCGGGGCGACCACGUCGCCGAGGGCGACCCCGCGUCGGGCAGGCCGGGGGGCGGGGACGCGGCCAGCACCGCCUCCGACACCGAGCGCUCCGACGACGGCAAGGACAAAGAGACGAAGAAGAUCCAGACCACCGCCACCACCCAGGCGCUCCACGGCCGCACGGCCAGCCAGCUGGAGCGCGACCUGCGGGUGGACCUGGGCUUCCGGGGCAUGCCCAUGACCGAGGAGCAGAGGCGCCAGUUCAGCCCCGGCCCCCGCACCACCAUGUUCCGCAUCCCAGAGUUCAAGUGGUCCGCCAUGCACCAGCGCCUGCUCACCGACCUGCUGUUCGCCCUGGAGACGGACGUGCACGUGUGGAGGAGCCACUCCACCAAGUCCGUAAUGGACUUUGUGAACAGCAACGAGAACAUCAUUUUUGUACACAACACCAUCCAUCUCAUUUCCCAGAUGGUUGACAACAUCAUCAUCGCCUGUGGAGGGAUUCUGCCCCUGCUGUCUGCGGCCACCUCUCCCACUACGGAGCUGGAGAGCAUCGAGGCCACGCAGGGCAUGUCCUCCGAGACGGCCGUCACCUUCCUCAGCCGCCUCAUGGCCAUGGUGGACGUGCUGGUGUUCGCCAGCUCCCUCAACUUCAGCGAGAUCGAGGCCGAGAAGAACAUGUCCUCCGGAGGCCUGAUGCGCCAGUGCCUCCGACUGGUGUGCUGUGUGGCGGUGAGGAGCUGUUUGGAGUGCAGACAGAGGCAGAGGGACAGAGGAGCUAAAACCUCCCUCUUCUGCAGCAGCAAGAGCCAGGAGAGCCUGCAGGGCGUCGCCCCGGCCAGCAAGGACCCUGACCGGCUCCUGCAGGACGUGGACAUCAACCGACUCCGGGCCGUCGUCUUCCGCGACGUGGACGACAGUAAGCAGGCGCAGUUCCUGGCCCUGGCCGUGGUGUACUUCAUCUCCGUCCUGAUGGUGUCCAAGUACCGGGACAUCCUGGAGCCGCAGCGCGAGAUUGGCAGGUCCAGCAGCCUAUCAGGGAGGAGCAUUCGGCAGGAAAUCAACUCCCCCACCAGCACCGAGAACCCCUCCAUGCUGACGGACAGCAGCAGCAGGGAGAGGGACCCGGCGGUCCCUGUGGAGGACCUGUCUCUGGAGGUGUCUCUCCCGCACACGGACUCUGGGAUCGGGGACGAGCCGGUCUCCAGCGUGCUGAACGGGGCGGAGCUCGACCCCGGGGGGGUGGGCAUGGGCGCGGAGGAGCUCCUCUGCACCCUCUCCUCCCGCGAGAGCCUGCUGGACCCGCCCCCCGUCGCCGUGGACACGCUCAAGCCCGCCCCCUCCAUCUCCAGCAUCUCCCACGGCAACAAGGGCAUCAACGUCAAGGAGAUCCUGAAGAGCCUGGUGGCCUCGCCCGUGGAGGGGGCGGAGCCCGGGCCGGAGCCCCUCCCCUACCCCGACCCCGCCCUCAAGGCCCAGACCCAGGCCGUGCUGCCCAUGCAGUUCCACUCCUUCGACAGGAGUGUGGUGGUCCCUGUGAAGAAGCCCCCGCCGGGCAGCCUGUCCGUCAACACGGUCGGCACGCCAACCGCCAGUGGGGCGGCGGCCUCAGGGAGCACGCCCAAUAUCUUUGCUGCUGCCACGGCAACGCCGAAAAGCAUGAUCAACACGACAGGUGCCACAGACUCCACGUCCUCUUCCUCGUCCUCCUCCUCCAGCUUUGUGAACGGGGCCACCAGUAAGAACCUGCCAGCAGUGCAGACAGUGGCUCCCAUGCCUGAGGACACCGUGGAGAACAUGAGCGCCAUUUACCAGGUGGGCCAGGGUCCCCUGGGCCCCCGUCUGACGCCUCCAGAACUCAAACCCUUUAGUUCCCUCCCAGGACUCCAGGCAGCUGUCCCCAGGAGUGCAGGACAGUGUCUUAGUAUCACCACUAAGCUGGAGCGUGCUCUGGAGAAGGUGGCUCCGUUGCUAAGGGAGAUCUUUGUGGAUUUCGCUCCCUUCCUGUCCCGCACCCUGCUGGGCAGCCAUGGCCAGGAGCUGCUGAUCGAAGGGCUGGUGUGUAUGAAGUCCAGCACGUCAGUGGUGGAGCUGGUGAUGCUGCUGUGUUCUCAGGAGUGGCAGAACUCCAUCCAGAAGAACGCUGGGUUGGCCUUCAUCGAGCUCAUCAACGAGGGAAGGCUGCUGUGCCACGCCAUGAAGGACCACAUCGUGCGCGUCGCCAACGAGGCCGAGUUCAUCCUCAACCGCCAGAGGGCCGAGGACGUCCACAAGCACGCCGAGUUCGAGUCGAACUGCGCGCAGUACGCGGCGGACAGGAAGGAGGAGGAGAAGAUGUGUGACCACCUGAUCAGUGCCGCCAAGCACCGAGACCAUGUGACCGCCAACCAGCUGAAGCAGAAGAUCCUCAACAUCCUGACCAAUAAGCACGGAGCCUGGGGCACCCUCUCUCAAAGCCAGCUACAUGACUUCUGGCGCCUGGACUACUGGGAGGACGACCUGCGACGGAGGCGGAGGUUCGUGCGCAACGCCUUCGGCUCCACCCACCUGGACAUCUCCCUCAAAACCCUGGAGGAGUACGGCACUGAGGAGGAGGAGGAGGGGGCGCAGCCGAAGAAGACGUUCCGCAGCCAGGCCGUGGCCAAUCAGAGCCCGGAGACGGAGCUGAUGCUGGAGGGGGAUGAUGACGCGGUCAGCCUGCUGCAGGAGAAGGAGAUCGACAACCUGGCAGGCCCGGUGGUUUUGAGCACCCCUGCUCAGCUCGUGGCCCCCGUCGUCGUGGCUCGUGGGACGCUGUCCAUCACCACCACUGAGAUCUAUUUCGAAGUGGACGAAGACGAUCCCGCGUUCAAAAAAACUGACGCCAAAGGAACGUGGGGCAUAGGCCAGUGCGCCGCGCUCCUUGGCCAUAUCCCCGUGCACUUGAACGCCGGGGUAAUCUGGACCACGUACCGGUCCCUGAUGCGCAGCUUCACCUCGCUGCUCUCCGCAACCAUUUUCACCACGUCCCUGUACCCCGACGCGGUGAUGAACUCCACCCAGAGGGACAUGCUCCUCUUGCGGCCGUCGCUGAGCUUCAGCACGGCACAGCCCGGCAGCGAGCCGUCAUCCACGAAGUUGAAAACCCCCAUCUGGUUCAGGACGUCGGACACCACCUUGCACACCUCUCUGACGCCAAUCGGAGCGCUGAACCCCAAGCGCGCCGUGUUCUACGCCGAGCGCUACGAGACGUGGGAGGAGGACCAGACGCCCCCGUGUCACUAUAGCAACCUCUACUCCUCCGCCGCCGCCACUCUGCUCUGGCUCGUCAGGAUAGAACCCUUCACUACCUUCUUCCUGAACGCCAACGACAACAAGUUCGACCACCCGGACCGCACGUUCUCCGCCAUCGCCCGGUCCUGGAGGAACUGCCAGCGCAACACCUCCGACGUGAAGGAGCUGAUCCCAGAGUUCUACUACCUCCCGGAGAUGUUUGUGAACAGCAACGGGUACGAGCUGGGCGUGAGGGAGGACGGAAGCCCCGUGUGUGACGUGGACCUGCCCCCCUGGGCCAAGAAGCCCGAGGACUUC